AUGGCGGAUGUUGAGUUAGCGAAAGCAUUAAAAGAUUUGCCAAAUCGAGUUCAAACCGCCAGUAAAAAUGAGCGGCGAGAGAUUCUGCAAAAUGUCGUUAAUGUGUUGUCAAAUCCUGGCAUCAAUGAGAAGAUUGUCAAUGGAAUUUGUAAAACCAUAUCUCUUACUUUACAUCGGUAUAAGGAUACUGCUUCCCAAUCUUACGUGAAAAAUUUGAUUAUGGAAUUGUUGAAAAAACAACCAGAGGCUACCAUUAAACACAUGACAAAUGUUGUUGUAGAACAAGCUAUGUGGCAUAAAAAUAUAGUUCCUACUUUGAAUACAGCUUUAACUGCAUACCUAGCAUUGAAAUGGUCAACACUAAUUAUUUUACAUGGACAUAAAAUUAUUUUAGAUAUCAAUUCAGAAUUACCAAAACUCAUUGAAGCACAAGCAAAUUUAAGUGCAGCAGCUGUGGCAACCAUGGACAAAAAAUUGACUGAAAAAAUAUAUGUUUUACUAGCACACCAAUGGUCAAAUAUUAAAGACAUUGAAAUUACAUAUUUAGAAACACUAACAAAAUUGGAAUCUGGAAAUGGUGUAAUUGUUCUUGCUAGUUUACUUACUAAAUAUUUAGUCAGUACAAAGAAAACUGAAUUGCUGGAGAAAUUAAAGGUAAAUCUAUGUGAUAACAGAUUCAUAUGUUGUGAAAUCUGUUUUUAUGAUGAAUUUAAGAAUCAACUAUUGCCAGCUUUACAAAAGGCUAUGUUAAGAAAUCCAGAAAUUAUUAUUGAAUCAGUUGGACAUAUUUUAAGUGGUUUAAGUCUUGAUUUAAGUCAAUAUAGUCUACAUAUAAGUAAAGGAUUAUUUGCAAAUUUGCAUUCAAAGGAAGAUUUAGUUAGAGAUGAAGCUGUUGGAGCAUGCCGUAGACUUGCUCUUCAGUGUUCAGAUGCUACUGCUUUAGAAAGUUUAUUGUCAUGUGUAUUUGCUGUAUUUCAUGGUUCAGAAGGAAAACUUACUGUUGCAACUCAUAAAAUUUCUGUAUUACAAGGUGCUGGUAAUCUUAGUUACAAUGCAACUUCAGGAAGCAGUGUUCAAAGAUUAGCUGAAAUAGCUUGUGAACAUUUCAUAAAAGUUUUGGAAACUGAAGUUCAUGAGAAAACUUUAAUACAUGCUCUUGAAAUGAUGGCCUUAUGGACUAAUAAAUUUGUAAACAAUAUCCCAAAAAACGUAAUAGAUGCAUUUGAAAAAGGUAUGAACGCUAAGACGUCAACUGCUGCAGUGCGCACUGCUUAUAUUAGACUGUUCUUUUCUACACCAGUGGCUUCCUAUUCUGGAACAGUAACGCCACUACUAAUACAAGCAAUAACAAGAGCUAUGCAACAAUCUGCACAAUCAGCCGCAGUUACAGAAGGUUUAGUAGCUUCUUACUUGCUACUGAAAUUUGUCCUUGCUGGUCAAGUAGAAAAUGACAAGCAAUCUAUAUUGUGGAGUGCAAUUGAUGAGCAAAUAUUCUUUUCAGAAAAAUUUUUGUCAAGUUGUGGAGAUGAUAUCUUAUAUCAUUUAAUGUUACUUUGUGAAAGAUUAAUUACAGAAUUUAGUGACAGAUUGAAUGAAAAAACUUUGAAUGGUGUUCACAGAGCAAUUGUAGCAUGUGCAACAGCUCCUAAAUAUAAUACAAGAAAACGCUGUUUUCCAUUAAUUAAGAAAGUUUUAACUGGUUUGAGUACAUAUGGGCCAGCACAAGAAUUGUUAACAGAAUUCACUAAAUUCUUAGAAAAUGUAAAAAUUAAGUCCGAAACUGAUAAAGAAAACAAGGAAGAUUCUUCUGUUAGUGAGAUAACUGGUAGAUGUCUUGCAGAUGGAUUGCUUGCUAUUUGUUCAGGCUCCUUUUUGUUUGAAUUACCUGCUAUGCAAAUGACAAGAGAUGCAUUGAUACCAGCCCACCAUCCUGCAGUCUUUAAAGCUAUGCCGAAUUUAUGGUUUAAAAUUGCAAAAAAUUUUAAUCUUGUACCAAAAGAUUUUUUAUGUUCAUUUAAUAUUGAAAUAAAGAAGAUGCUCGUGCAAAAUUAUAAAUCUGAUAUUAGUUAUGAAAAUGCUGUAACAAGAGUGAUAUCGAUUAUACCGGACAUUAUAUUACCAGCAAUAAUAUCAAACGUUAUAAGUAAACUUGAUGAUCCAGAAAUUUUAAAAGUUACUGAAGGCGAAUAUUUUACUUACCUCACACCAGAAGGAGAAUUAUAUGACAAAAGUGUAUUGCCAGCAAAUGAUGAAAAUGAUAUUUUUAGUUCAAUGAACAUGAAAAGAGAGAGUAAAGUAUAUUCAUUUAAAGAACAGCAAGAAGAAUUACAACUUAGACGAGAAUUAUAUGAAAAACGAAAAAAGGAAGGAAAAAUAAGGGAACCAAAACUAACACCUAAACAAGAAGAAAUUCUCAAAACGCAGAUGGCAAAAGAAAAUGAAAUUCGUAAAAGACUGACCGAAUUGAAAUUUAGAAUAGAUAAUGCUGUUUCUCUGACUAAGUGUUCUAUGCAUGGAAAUGAUCAAGAAUUAUCUGUUUAUUUAAAAGAUCUUCUGCCACCGAUUUUGAAAAACUUAGGAUCACCAUUAGCUGCUCCUGCAAUGUCUGAUCUUUUUAUCUAUUUAAAACAAAUCGUGAAAAUAGGUAAUCCAAUUUUAAAUGAUUUAGUAGCACAUGUUACAUUGCGACAAUUACAGCCACAAUGUGACUUAAAUCAAGCUUGGGAAGAAGAAAGCCUUGAUGCUGCGGUAAAAAGAACUUUAAACCUUUUACAUACAACAACAAUAAAACAAAAGAAAUUAUUCACUGCUCCCACAUUUUGCUAUAUUUUUCCAUUUAUAAAGAAAACCUUAUUGUCUUAUAAGGAUGAUAAUAUGAUUGUCCAAGGGUUGCAAAUAAUACAGGAGCAUGCUAAACAAAGAGGGAAUUCUUCUAAUUUCAGAGAUAUGAGGCAUCCCCAAUUAUUACCGCGUAAACAUAUGUUUGAUCUGUUAAUAGAAUUAAUGGAAAUUACAACUGGAAGAGUUCAGACACAUGCAGUUGCAACAUUAUUAGAUGUUGCUCAGUCUGGUAGUGGUCAAUCAGGUACUGCAAUAGCAACUAGUGAAGAUAUAAACUCUUUAAUUAAAGCAUUACAGAAUUCUUUGUCUACAAUACGAGAUGCAGCAUUGAGGGCUUUAACAGUUGUAAGACGAGCCUUUCCAUCUCAGAAGGAAGAUCCUGAACAACUUUCUCAUCUCAUUAGGAGAAUAUGGAUUGCUAAGUAUGAUGUUAAUGAUGAAAAUAAAAUCCUUGCUAAUGAAUUAUGGAAUAUGGCAGACUUAGUAAUGCAUGCAGAUAAUCUUGCUGAUGAACUUAUUCAAGAUAUUGCACAUCCUGUAGAACCUGUACAGCAAGCUGCUGCUUGUGCUUUGGCGCAAUGUUUAACUGACGUUCCCCACUUAGUACCAAUAAUCUUGGACAAAUUAUUACAGCUUUACCAAGCAAAAUUAACUAUAAUUCCACCAAAAUUAGACAAUUUUGGCCGCGUUAUCGAACAGCCUAUUGAUACUUGGGGUCCACGACGAGGUGUGGCACUUGCAUUGGCUCAAAUGGCAUCUCUUCUUACUGCUGACACAGUACUUAAACUUGUGCAAUUCUUUGUUUCAACUGGGUUAGGAGAUAGAAAUCAAGCCGUUCGCACAGAAAUGUUAACUGCUGCUGUAGCUGUUGUCGAUCUUCAUGGGAAAGCAAAUAUUACUUCUUUAUUACCUGUUUUUGAAGACUUUAUGGACAAAGCUCCAAAGAUUGGUAGCUUCGAUUCGAUUAAACAGUCGGUAGUUAUUCUUAUGGGAUCGUUAGCAAGACAUUUGGACAAAGAUGAUUCACGUAUUAAACCGAUAGUUAUGCGUUUGAUUGCUGCUCUUUCUACACCAUCACAGCAAGUACAAGAAGCAGUAGCCAAUUGUCUACCACAUCUUGUACCUUCUAUCAAGGAAGAUGCACCAAAAAUUGUGGACAAAUUAAUGGACCAAUUGUUAAAAUCAGACAAAUAUGGGGAACGUAAAGGCGCAGCUUAUGGUUUAGCAGGUAUAAUCAAGGGUAUGGGAAUACUGGCGCUAAAACAACUUGAUAUUAUGACCACAUUAACUAAUGCCAUUCAGGAUAAAAAGAAUUAUAGGCACCGAGAAGGAGCGUUAUUCGCUUUUGAAAUGUUAUGCACGAUGCUUGGCAGACUAUUUGAACCGUACAUCGUUCACGUGUUACCGCAUUUACUGCUAUGUUUUGGAGACACAAGUCAGUAUGUUAGGGCAGCUACUGAUGAUACAGCACGUGUAGUUAUGAGUAAACUGUCUGCACACGGGGUAAAACUUGUUUUACCUAGUUUAUUAGCAGCAUUAGAAGAAGACUCUUGGAGGACCAAAACUGGAUCUGUCGAAUUAUUGGGUGCAAUGGCAUAUUGUGCACCAAAACAACUUAGCAGUUGUCUUCCAAGUAUUGUUCCAAAGCUCAUUGAAGUACUUAGUGAUUCACACACAAAAGUUCAAGAAGCUGGUGCAGAAGCUCUUAAGGUUAUUGGAAGUGUAAUUCGAAAUCCAGAAAUUCAAGCUAUUGUACCAGUUUUAUUGAAAGCUUUACAAGAUCCUUCUCAUAAAACAGCUACAUGUCUUCAAACUCUUUUAGAUACACAAUUUGUACAUUUUAUUGAUGCUCCAUCAUUAGCUCUUAUUAUGCCUGUAGUACAACGAGCGUUCUUAGAUCGUUCAACAGAAACAAGAAAGAUGGCAGCUCAAAUUAUUGGAAAUAUGUAUUCUUUAACUGAUCAGAAAGAUUUAACUCCCUAUUUGCCGACUAUAAUUCCUGGCCUGAAAACGAGUUUAUUAGAUCCCGUACCAGAAGUACGUAGUGUAUCUGCAAGAGCUUUAGGUGCAAUGGUACGAGGAAUGGGUGAAUCAAGCUUCGAAGAUUUACUUCCUUGGUUGAUGCAAACACUUACAUCUGAAACGAGUAGUGUUGAUCGAUCAGGUGCUGCACAAGGUCUUUCAGAAGUUGUGAGAGGAUUGGGUGUUGAAAAACUUCAUAAACUUAUGCCCGAGAUUAUCAGUACAGCUGAAAGGACUGACAUAGCUCCUCAUGUUAAAGAUGGUUAUAUUAUGAUGUUUAUUUAUAUGCCAAGUGCAUUUACUACAGAAUUUACACCUUAUAUUGGACAGAUUAUCAAUCCCAUUUUGAAAGCUUUGGCUGAUGAGAAUGAAUACGUCCGUGAAACAGCACUCAGAGCAGGUCAGCGUAUCGUUAAUCUUUACGCUGAUUCUGCAAUCAUGUUACUGUUACCAGAAUUGGAAAAGAGUCUCUUUGAUGACAAUUGGCGUAUUAGAUAUUCCUCAGUACAAUUACUUGGAGAUUUAUUAUAUCGAAUUUCUGGUGUUUCGGGAAAAAUGUCAACAGAAACUGCCAGUGAAGAUGAUAAUUUUGGGACCGAGCAGUCUCACUAUGCCAUUAUUAAUGCACUUGGCGCUGAAAGGCGAAAUCGUGUUUUAGCUGGAUUAUAUAUGGGUAGAUCAGAUGUUGCAUUGAUGGUACGCCAAGCAGCUCUUCAUGUAUGGAAAGUUGUUGUAACAAAUACACCGAGAACAUUAAGAGAAAUAUUACCGACAUUGUUUACCUUAUUACUCGGUUGUUUAGCUAGUACAAGCAACGAUAAAAGACAAGUAGCAGCAAGAACUUUAGGAGAUCUGGUUAGAAAAUUAGGUGAAAGGGUGUUACCAGAAAUUAUACCUAUUUUGGAAAAAGGUUUGCAAAGUGAUCAAGCUGAUCAACGGCAAGGUGUAUGUAUUGGUUUAUCAGAAAUUAUGACAAGCACAAAUAAGGAUAUGGUGAUAACUUUUGUAAUCAGUCUAGUUCCAACAGUGAGGAAAGCAUUGUGUGACCCAUUACCAGAAGUCAGACAAGCAGCAGCAAAAACUUUCGAUGGCUUACAUUCAACUGUCGGAGUUAGAGCAUUAGAUGAUAUAUUACCAGCAAUGUUAACACAAUUAAAUUCACCGGAUCCAGCAGAAGCAGAAAAUACCUUAGAUGGUUUACGCCAAGUAAUGGCAAUCAAAUCUCGAGUUGUUCUACCAUAUUUAGUACCUCAAUUAACAACUCCUCCUGUUAAUACAAAAGCAUUAUCAAUCUUGGCCAGUGUAGCGGGCGAGGCGUUAACGAGGUUCCUUCAUAAAAUUCUACCAGCUUUGUUGACUGCUCUUUCUAGUGCUCAAGGAACACCAAAUGAAGUUCAGGAAUUAGAAUAUUGCCAAGCGGUUAUUUUAUCUGUUACUGACGAAGUUGGCAUUAGAACAGUUAUGGAUCAGCUUAUGGAAGCUACAAGAGCUGACGAUCCAUCUAGACGUCGAAGCGCUGCGACUUUGUUAUGUGCUUUUUGUCGGGAUACUCGUGCAGAUUAUAGUCAAUACGUUCCCCAGUUAUUGCGAGGACUCAUUCAUUUAUUUACGGAUGAUGAUAAGGAUGUACUACAAAUGAGUUGGGAAGCUCUUACAGCAGUUACAAAAACUCUGGCAUCUGAUCAACAAAUUGCACAUGUACAAGAUAUUAGACAAGCUGUUCGAUUUGCAGUAUCCGAUUUAAAGGGGCAAGAAUUAUUACCAGGAUUCUGUUUACCAAAGGGAAUUACACCCAUUCUUCCGAUAUUCAGGGAAGCUAUAUUAAAUGGUUUACCAGAAGCAAAAGAGCAAGCAGCUCAAGGACUUGGAGAAGUUAUAAAAUUAACCAGCGCUUCAGCGUUACAACCAAGUGUCGUUCAUAUUACUGGACCGUUGAUUCGGAUUCUCGGUGAUCGUUUUAACUGGAGCGUUAAAGCAGCAGUUUUAGAAACGCUUGCAAUUUUACUUGGCAAAGUUAGGGUAAUGCUAAAACAAUUUUUACCACAAUUACAAACCACUUUCUUGAGAGCAUUGAAUGAUAGUAAUAGACAAGUCAGAUUAAAAGCUGCUUAUGCUUUAAGUAAUCUCAUUGUAAUUCAUACUCGUGUUGAUCCAUUAUUUACUGAACUUCACUUUGGCAUAAAAGCUGGUGAUGAUCCAGCCAUUAGAGAAACAAUGUUACAAGCUUUACGAGGAGUGCUUACACCUGCUGGUGACAAAAUGACAGAACCAAUGAAAAAACAAUUUUUUACUACUUUAACUAGUAUGCUUGGUCAUCCAGAAGAUGUUACAAGAAACGCUAUAGCUGGUUGUUUUGGAGCGCUAAUACGGUGGCUUAGUCCAGAUCAACUUAACAUUGCAUUUAACGAACACUUAUUAUGUAAUGACACUAACGUUGACUGGAUGCUUAGACAUGGUCGUUCUGCAGCGUUAUUUGUAGCAUUAAAGGAAUCACCAACAACUGUGUACAAUAAUAAAGAGAAAGAUCGUGUUUGUGCAGUGAUACUUUCAUAUUUAAGUGCAGAUCGAGUUCAAAUAGUUAUGAACGGUGUACGAGCUUGUGGUUAUUUGUUUCAAUAUCUUAUGAAUGAAAGGCAACCUAUACCUCAACAGAUUUUAUCUCCUUUUGUACGGUCAAUGAAUAAUAACAGCAACGACGUAAAACAGUUACUAGCUAAGGUUUGUAUUCAUUUGGCGCGUAAUAUACCACCCGAAAAGAUGUCACCAGAAUUACUUAAAUCGCUCUUACCUAUGUUGGUAAAUGGAACAAAAGAGAAAAAUGGUUAUGUUAAAGCAAACAGUGAACUUGCUCUUAUAGCUGUACUUAGAUUGAGGCAAGGUGAAGAAGAACAUCAGCGUUGUAUGGCUUUUUUGGAUGUCGGCGCAAAAGAAUCUUUAUCAGAUGUAGUCAGCAAAGUAUUGCGCAAAGUUCUUUCUCAACCCGAAGGAAAAAUAGAGGAAUUGGAUGAUACAUUACUCGCGUGA